AUGCAGCCAUCAUUAUCAAAGGUACCUCGACCAGCGUUCGCGCAUUGUUCGGACACAACUCAAGGCGCCAUUCAAGCUCUUAAUUUCUUCGCCCAUCACAAUAACUUCACCAAACUCCCUGAAGGAAUCAAUUGUAUCGCGAAAACCUCGAUGAAGAUGGAAAACGAACAAAUCACUGCUGGUGAAUGGGCAAUGAUGUCUGUUCUCUUCUUUAUAUUCGUAGCGAUUAUUCGCAAUUUCGAUUUCAAAAUGAGGUACUUGUCAGAUUCCCGGCCUACCGUGGAGGUAAAGAAAGAAGAGAGGAUUCCAUUUCUUGCGCAGGAGGAGAAAAGUGGUUAG